AUGUGUAUUGUUAUUACCAGUUGUUUGUUCGCAGUAGUUGUGCAUGUAAUAAAAACAUAUGAUAAUAUUCUAACCUUCUUAGGUUAUAAAUUACAUUGUAUUUUCAAGAAACACAAAACAGAACUUCUUCUAAAGUUGACUUGGAACCAGCUAGAACAAGAAUCUCCAAUGGUUGUCAUCAUCAAACCUAAAGUUGUCAUCAGUGAGCCAACACCAAUUGUUGAAAAGAAACCCGCAGAACAAGAUAACAAACCUGUCAUCACCAAACCAAUCAAUCCAAUUAUUGAAGAAACAAAGAAGAUUCCAAAUGAAACUGUCAUCCAAUCACCUCCUAAACCUGUCAAAGAGCCAGUUGCUACAACUAAACUUACUCCAAAAUCGACAAAAAACUUUUCUGGAAAUGCAUACAAUUCCUUAAUCAAACCAAGUAGUAAGGAAGAUGCAAACAAUAAGAAGGAAGUUACAUCUAGUACUAUCACUACUCCAGUCGCUUCAACUCAAGAGGUAAUUCAACAAUCUAAUAACCAACUCAUUCAAAGAAAGUUGAGUUCCAAACCAAAGAAGGUUUCAAGACGUCCUUCUCAACAAACCAUCAAGCAUUCAGAUAUUUUGGCAAAAUUAGAAGAAGAAGCAACUAUUGAUUUGCCAGAUGUUGAAAAAUUCAAAGAAUUGGAAGAAUUUUCUCAAUUGGAAAAGGAGGUUGGUCUCGAAAAUGCAAUCAAACAAACGAAGGAAAAGAAGAGUACAACUGCUCCACCACCUCCACCUCUUUCUCAAGUUGUAAAUGUAAAUGCUAAUGGUGCCUCUCCAUCCAACACAAAGAGUGCUAAGGUCACACUCUACUAG